GAUUUCAUUGAUUUAGACGAAGAUCAAACGCCGCCUGAACUGCUCCGAUGUCAUCGUCGUCGUCUCUCUCCAAGCACAAGCUCAACGAUUACGCCGCCGACUCCGCCCUCCCCUCCCCCCUCGAAUUCCACGUCAUCAUAACUCGUAUAUUCCUGGACAAUACCCUAGUCUUCCACGCCGACUCAUCCGCCACCAUCAAAUCCAUCCACGACAAGAUUCAUUCCAUCACCGGAAUUCCGGUUACCGAGCGGAGGCUUUUCUACGGCGGGAAACAGCUGCAUUCGGAGCAGACUUUAGCCGAAUGUAGAGUGCAGAACUUCGCAAAACUCUCUCUCGUUGGCCGUAUGCGCAUCACCAAACUCCCGAAGGCCUGCCAGCUCAUCGACGAGAUCGUUUCGUGUAUUUUCAUUAUGUGCAAGGAAACUCAUCCGCUCAACGUUCCAACUGAGGUGAAGUUUAUACUCGAGGAAUUCUGGUCACGGAUGGACCUUGAACAAGCAUCUGAGUAUUUGCGGAUUUUCGGUGCUUCCUCAGCUCCUAAAGCUCUAGUCAUGCUCUAUAUGUCGCCUGAUAGAAUGAAUCGUUUGUACGCUGAUGAGGCCAUAGUACAUUUCCUCGGAUUGAAUAAGACAAUUCUGCCUAAGCAUUCGUAUCAUGAGUAUGUUCUUGUAAUUUUCGAAUUCUGCAAAUUGUUGAAGGGACCAGCUGGAAUUGAUGAUCCACUGUAUUGUUUUUGCCGAGGUCGUUUAGCGGCAAUGAUGAAGUAUAUUGAGGUUGGAAAGAAGGCUGGAAUUGAGAUUAAAGAUGUUUUUUCAUUUGUUGAGGAGUUGGCAACUAAACUCUCCGAUGAUUUGCUCUCCAGCGUGCACCCAAAUCGUUUUUAUGGGCCUUCAUUGGUCGAUAUAAGUGAUUUCUCUUCAUUUGUGGCACCACUGGUGAAGGAGAUUAAGGGAUGUGAUCCGAUUGUUUUUCCAUUGACUGACGUACCACAUGUAUACAGAGAUGAAGUUAGAAAUUUGUUUGAAAUUUUCCAUGAUUUAUUAGGUAAAUUGGAGAGGUGUUUGGGGGAGCUCGAGAACUGUAUUAACAGUGAUUUGAAACGCUCCCAUGGUGUUAGAGAUUGUCAUUACCUUAAACUUAUGAAGGAACUUAAUAGUAUCUCAAAGAUUUAUAGUGGUUGUGAAGGUUUAUUUUGGGAAAUUAUGAAGAGUACAAAGGGAGCUUUCUGUAGGCUUGUUGUCAUGUGUGCAAAGAGGGGUGAGGACCAUAGUUGGAUUUUUGAGUGUAAGGAAGUGACCAACUUCGAUGCAAGGAGACAUUUAGCAAUGAUGAUGCUUCCUAGAGUGAAGGCUAACUAUGAGGUACGGCAUGAGAUGCUGAUUGACCGCUCACAUUUGUUGGCAGAAUCAUUUGAGUAUAUGAAACAUGCUGAGAUUGAGUCCUUACGUGCUGGUUUAUUUAUGGAGUUUAAGAACGAGGAAGCCAUCGGCCCUGGUGUUAUACGGGAGUGGUUUUUAUUAGUAUGCCAAGCAAUCUUCAACCCUCAAACUGCCCUCUUUGUAGCUUGCUCUGAUGAUCGUAGAAGGUUCUAUCCAAAUCCAGCAUCUAAAGUGGACCCAGUGCACCUCGAGUAUUUUGGCUUUGCGGGAAAAGUGAUUGCCUUAGCCUUGAUGCAUAAUGUACAAGUUGGCAUCGUAUUUGAUCGUGUAUUCUUUUUGCAAUUGGCUGGGCAUACAAUCACCUUAGAAGAUAUAAGGGAUGCAGAUCACUUGUUAUAUAACAGUUGCAAGCAAAUCUUAGAGAUGGAACCUGAGGCUGUUGAUCAAGAUGCCUUAGGUUUAACAUUUGUUCAUGAAGUCGAGGAGCUAGGAAUAAGGAAGACUAUUGAUCUCUGCACUGAUGGGAAAACUAUUGCGGUAAAUAGUGAAAAUAGGAGGCAAUAUGUUGAUUCUCUUAUACAGCUCCGGUUUGUGAUGUCCGUUGCUGACCAAGUAGAGCAUUUUGCCAAAGGCUUUGCUGACAUUAUGCAUUGUCGUCAUCUCCAAAAAUCUUUCUUCAAAUGCUUGGAACCAGAAGAUCUAGACUGGAUGCUACAUGGGAGUGAAAGUGCAAUAUCUGUUGAUGAUUGGAAAGCACAUACAAAGUAUGAAGGCUUUAAGAAAACAGAUGAUCAGAUAAUCUGGUUUUGGAAGAUUGUUGAAGAGAUGACAGCGGAGCAGAAAAAAAUUCUACUCUUCUUUUGGACUUCGAUCAAAUACUUACCAGUUAAAGGUUUUAGUGGUUUAGCUUCUCGGCUUCACAUCAACAAGACUUCUGAAUCCUGUGGACGGCUUCCUUCGUCUCAUACAUGCUUUUACCAGCUGAGUUUCCCUGCGUACCCUACGAGUGAUGUGAUGCACGAUCGUCUUAGCAUUAUCCUUCAGGAGCAUGUAGGUUGCAGCUUUGGGACAUUGUGAGAUAUGUGGAUUGAGGUAGUUUUGUAUAAAAUAGAUUUUCUCAUAGUAGAUGAAAACAGAGGAGUUGCUACAUGUAGUUUUUUUUACAACUGUAACUUGUAGUAGCAAUUUAAACUGUGUA